AUGCUUGCGAUUCCCAAAACUCCAACCAGGAACAUGAAAACACCUCAGGGGAAUACAAGCGCCAGCAGACGUGAAGUGGACACAUCGAUGAGGAAUCGGUUCGAGUUUGCCGGAUCUUCGCUCAGAGACAGGAUUGGGUCAAUUCUAUCCAUGGAUCAGACCCCACGUCCGGCAACUCGCGCAAAUAUCUUCAUGGGACGGACACCGACACCGGCCAGGCACCUUCCGGAGAGCCGAAGAAUGUUUGUGCCGGAUUACACUUCAACGCCUGCACCUACGGCUCCUCGACAGGAAUUUCGCUUCGAAGACUUGUCUCGGAUCGUGGCACCUCCAAUUGAGCAAACCUUCAUUCAGCUGGAUUCCGAUGGAGAGCUCACUCUUCCCGCUGAAUCAUCAAUUGCAGUGUCUCCACCACCGCGACCAUCUUCUGAGCCUCUCCGCCAUCUCAGCCAAGUCUCGCUGUCAGCUCGCCCAGCUUCAACGGAGCCUGUAAGAAGAGACGUACACUGGAGAGUGCAUCCUUCGGCAAAGAUCCGAAAAUGCACAGUGCCGAAGACACCAUCCUUCGCGAGGCCAACGAAGUCGUGGCUGAACCGCGUUAAUCGCGAAGACUGAUCGCCAAUGCGAUGAUUCCUGUUAAUUUAUUUUAUUUCUUCAUUCUUUGUUCAAUAUUAACUACUAACCCGGUCAUUUUUUUCUGUAAAUAAAACCGGUUGCUCA